AUAAAUACACAAGAUGGAGGACUCCAGCAGCAGCAAGCCGGUCAUGGUGACGUCCUCUCUGAACUUCAAAGUCACCACCCCGUCCUUCUACAACCAGCCAAAGAAGUUUGCCUCUGUGGCACCACCACGGCCCAAAAGUCUGACACCUCCCUCCGCUCCAUCACCGACACCAGUGGGCACAGCUGUGAUUGGUCGAGUGGGAGAUCUGCCUCCACCGCCCCCUUCGCUCUGUGAUGACUUCCCACCUCCCCCUCCUCCUCCUCCUCCUCUGGAUGAUGAUUUGCCAGCCCCUCCCCCCGAAUGCCAAACCAUACCCUCUGCCUUUGAGGCCCCCCCUCCUGCCUUUCCCGCUCCACCUCCAGUAGCAGAUGACCUGCCCCUCCCAGCUCCCCCUGAGGAGAGUGAGUGUCCGCCCUCCUUUCCGUCUCCCCCACCACCUCCACCUCUCCCUGUCUCCGGUACCAGUAUUCCCAAUGCUGCUGGAAACCCACAGAGACUGGUGGAGAAGCAGACGAGCUUCGAUAAACAGCUUGACUCUCUCACUGACUUGCUGUCUGAGAUGGAGACCAGGGGACCUCAUAACCCUAAGUUACCGAGCAGUAUUCAGUAUUCUCCAGCACCAGCACCCAAGCCUUCAGCUCCUCCCCCGACCGCUCCUAAACCAGCUCUCUCCUUCCUCCCACCCCCUGAGAUGGGAGACCGGCCGCCACCAGCACCCUGGGCAGAAGAACUCAAAGCCAGAACAAACCGACAAGCCAAUCACAACUCUGCCCCAAACUCUGCUCCUCAGCCGUUUGCGAAAGCCCCGGCUGUGGCCCCAAAGUCUGGUUUCGGGGGGAGAACGGCAACGUCAUCAACCUCUCUGGCCCAAAAACUGAACCAGAACCUGAACCAGAACACCACCCCAGUCAGUGUUGCACCAAAACCUUCCCCUCCACCUGCCACCAGCUCUUUUCCUCCACCCCCUGUAGCUCCCCCUGCACCUCCUACCUUACCAAACAAUAUGGCAGCUGCCCCGGCCUCCAACCACAUCAAGAGUUCCCCCUUUGCCAGUCAGGUGAAUGCAAACCAGAACCCUCCGUCUGCGACGCCUCCGCCUCAACCCAAGAUGAUGGCAUCUCUCCCGUCCUCGAUUAACCAGCCAAUGAAAACACCUUCUGCAUCAACACCUUCAUCCCCUGGCCCAGUUCCUAUCCCAGGUGGAGGUGUUCCUCUGAAUAUGAGGGAAUUGGAGGUGCUGGAGAAAAUGACCAAGGACUUCAUUAAAGACAUGGACACACACGCACCGGUCAUCACCUCCUCUUCUUCAGAGGUCUGUGGGAAGUGUGGCGAGGCUCUGUCCCGCACCCAGCCCGCAGUGAGGGCCAUGGACAAACUCUUCCACUCCAACUGCUUCUGUUGCAUGAGCUGUCAUCGCCCCCUGCAGGGCAUGCAGUUCUAUGACAGGGAUGGAGCGCCUCAGUGUGAGGACUGCUACACGAGUUCCCUGACCGUGUGUUCCCGGUGCGGGGAGAAGAUCACCGACCGGGUGCUGAAGGCCGUGGGCCAGUGUUUCCACUCCCACUGUUUCCGCUGCAGCACCUGUUCCUGCACACUCGAGGGGGCGCCCUUCAUCACGGAUGACAACAACAACCCCUACUGUGUCCAGGACUACCACAGGCGUUUCUCCCCUCUGUGUGUGAGCUGCAAUGAACCCAUCAUUCCAGCCCAGGGCAGCGAGGAGACCGUCAGAGUCGUGGCUCUCGAAAAGAACUUCCACCUUAAGUGUUACCGUUGUGAGGAUUGUGCUCGCCCUCUCUCCAUAGAAGCGGAUGAAAAUGGCUGCUAUCCAUUUGAUGGUAGGAUCCUGUGUAUGAAGUGCCACACCCAGCGAGCCAAGCAAGCUGCGCAGUGAUUGGCUGAAGCGACGUGACUCAGAUUAACUAUGAACCAAAAGCACAGGAUUCAUUCAGCUGUUGUUUGGCCUUUGCAACAGGGCUGUAUUCAGUAUAUGUGCGCAGGUGUGAGUGUGAAUGUGUGGAAAGGUAUGUCUGCAUGCUAAUACAGUGUUGUGUUCCUCGUCUGUGUUCACUUCAGUGCAGAAGUAAUGUACUGCAUUGAAAUAAACUCUCCUCAUCUUUCAUUCCCAAUCUCAAACUCUCCAAUCUUCAUCUAGUCCUCUUUAUGGACUAGAACGUGUUUUUUUUUGGUGCCAUUUCUAUGUUUACGCUUAAAUCUCCAGCAUAACUUGCACAAGAGUAGUUUGGGCAAAAGAUCAGUCUGAUGAAUAUAAAGUUGCCUUUCUUUGUCUCUUGCCUCAAUCUUGUUAGUAGCACCAUACACUGAGAUAUGUCCAUCUGAAGACUGGCUGGUCUGUUUCCCUGUGAGCAUUGUAGCUCCAGCAAUGAUACGGAGGCGGAUUGUUACCAUAGGUUGAGGAGAACCAGAGCGCUCCCAUUUGACCACUCUGGCUGUUGGUAGAGCAUAUCUUUAACGCUUUGGCAGGAGUUGUGCCUGCAAGCAUGGUUAAUUAUGCUUUCCUGCCUAGAAAGGGCUUUAUACCCGUCAACUACAGCAUUUUAAAGUCAUCUAGGGCGAAAUGUUGACUGCAGGAAAAACUAUAAAACCAGUAAAUGUUGCUCUUAGUUUUUUUGUGAUGUGAAUUUUAUCAUUUACAGGCAUGCUUAGAAAUAUGUCUUGUUGCUCUCUCUCUCCUUUGAUCAUACAGACAGUAUGCGGGCAAGAUUAGAAGAAAAAUCAGCCAUUUUCGUCUCAAAUGGUUUGGAUCUCACUGUAUUUUAAGACGCAUGCUUUUUGGAUGCACACGUUUUGACGAGCACAGAUUUCAUUCCAGGGAUUAUAAAUGCCAGCUGCAUAGCUGAACGGAGGACCUAUCGCGUGACCGUUGCACAGGUCCAUAGUGAAAUAAAAUAGACUUUAAGUGUCACUUUGACUCUAAAGCCCCCCCCCCCCGCACAUGAUCAAUUUUGUAUUAGACACCAUUGAGAAACAUGAUAGUAGCUUUUGAUAUGCAUCUCCUUGGAAUCUCUUGCUUAAAAUAAUAUAAUUGAUGGACAUUUUUGUAUUAUUAUAAAGUAGUAAGGUUAUACUGUAUGUGUGCCAGUGCUACAAUAACUUAAAGCAGGAUAAUAGACCAGUAGAGGCAAUAGCUUAGUUUUAAAUAACAGAUGUUACAAAAUAGUUGACCAAAUAAUUCAACGCUGUUGGCAGGAUUAAGGUUAAUAAAACAGUUGCAUGAGUUUACAUUUUUUGACUCCACUUUUGUGUUUAAGCCCAGUUUUCUUGCUCUUGAUCCAUUCUAUUAUUCCAGUAAAUACCACUAUUCUUUCUAUUAUUCCUCUUUUGUGCUUAAGUCUGAUCACGUUGGUUAUAUAGUAUUUUAGACUUAUCUUACUGUACUGUAUUUCGUUGAUAAAUGCUUACAAUUGUUUUCAUUCUGAACCUGGAGAUGUGUCUUCUCCACUAUUGUAUCCCGUUGUUCCUUUAACAUUGAGCCUUGUUGCAGCUACAGAAAUUCAUUCCACAAUAAAGCGGUUGUAUCUUGUGCUUGCAUUGAGCCUGGUGCACUAUCACCGGAACGACUAACAUGGCAACAGGUAUUCAGCAUUGCAUGUGAUCUGUGUAAGUGGUGGUGGCAUUUCUUCUAGCAUUAUGUCUUUUUGUUUGCACCAACUACUCCACCUUCGUGGCUCUGCCUUCGUCGUCACUAUGUGAUUUUAAACGUGUGAUGAUGCCUUCACAGUUGCAUUUAUCUGGCGUUGUGUUAUGUCCUAUUGUAAUACAUGCGGAUGCCUUGUCUUUUAAUAUAACUUUUUUAUAAAUUCCUGUUUGAUUUGUGUGUAUAUGUUUAAAACAUUAUUUAGCCCCACCCCAUCCCCUUUGGCUGUAUUAAAUAAAUAAAUAGAACGAUAAAUACCAAA